CGCGCCACACCUGCCGCCCCCCCGGACCCGCAGCCCUGGCAAGCGGGUGGCCCCGCGUCACCUGGAUGUCAGCAUGGCAGCCACAAACCUGGAGAACCAGCUGCAUAGUGCACAGAAGAACCUUCUCUUCCUCCAGCGGGAGCACGCCAGCACACUCAAGGGGCUGCAUGCUGAGAUCCGGCGGCUGCAACAGCACUGCACAGAUCUAACAUAUGAGUUGACCCUCAAAAGUUUUGAACUGACAGGAGACGGCUCUUCCAGAACGACGGAACUGAAGAGGCGCUGUGAAGAGCUGGAGGCCCAGCUGAAGGCCAAGGAGGAAGAAAACCGCAAAUUAUUGCAAGAACUGGAGCAGAAGAAUGCUGCCAUCGCUGUGCUGGAGAACACGGUCCGUGAGAGAGAGAAGAAGUACCUGGAGGAGCUGAAGGUGAAGAGCCACAAGCUGAGCAUGCUCUCAGGGGAGUUAGAGCAGCGUGCCAGCACCGUGGCCUACCUCACCUCUCAGCUACAUGCAGCCAAGAAGAAACUACUGAGCUCCAGCGGCACCUCUGACGCCAGCCCAGCUGGCAGCCCUGCACUGGCCAGCUACAAGCCCACACCCCCCAAGGACAAGCUGCCUGAGACACCUCGUCGCCGCAUGAAGAAGAGCCUGUCGGCCCCACUGCACCCUGAGUUUGAGGAAGUCUACAGGUUCGGAGCUGAGAGCCGCAAACUCCUUCUGCGGGAGCCGGUGGAUGCAAUGCCAGAUCCCACCCCGUUCCUGCUGGCCCGGGAGUCUGCUGAGGUCCAGCUCAAAGAGCGGCCUCUUGUCAUACCUCCCAUUGCCUCAGACCGUGGCGCCAGUGGGCAACAUAGCCCAGCCCGAGACAAGCCACACAAGACCCACGUCGGGGUGGCUCAUCGCAUCCAUCAUGCCAGUCCACCACAGCCCCAGCCUGAGGGAGAGACGAGGGCUGUGGACCAAGUGAACACAGGGAAGGUGGUACGGAAGCACUCAGGGACAGACCGAACUGUGUGAAGCCUGCGGCCACCACCGCAGCCAUCCAUGCACUGUGAGCGCCACGGGGAACCUCGCCCACACCUUCCUCACCCCACUCAUGCCAAAUGUUUCCUACCAUCGCAGCCUGGCUUCUGGCCCCAUAGUGACACAAUGGUGUCUCCACUGAAGAUAUUUACUGGCACUGUGGCCAAUGCCUGCAUGCCUAUAGCUUGCUUCUAGCCCCACGCCAUGAGAUCUCGGCACACUUCCUAACAAGGACCAGGCCACGGCUGCAUCACAUACCACACUUGGAAUCAGAACCGCUUGAAGUCAAAGCAAAAUAAGGACCCACCCCUCCCAAUAUCCAAGGCAGCCUAUGAGAGCAGAGCAGUAGCUUCUGCUUCUUCCUGGAACUCCUACCUUCUCACAGACCCUUUGCCAAGCAGCUGUAAGCAAGAUGACCCUCACCUCUCAUGUCACCCCAACCUGAGUGUGUGUUCAUAAUUUUUUGUUAGUUUCACCCAAGUGUUCAGGAUCCAACAAAUGUUUUUUUUCUAAACCCAUCCUUCUCCUCUGUCGUUUUGAAGCACCGAGGGACUGUCUGUGGAGGAGGUGGGAGGGGAGGACUCACGGGUGGGGUGGGAAUACUUGCUGCCUUGAGCUGUUGCUGAGAUGUUGGUGCUCCUGCAUUUCUGGCAGAAGCUGCGUUCUGUCCUGCCCAGGCUCCACACUGCCUCCCUAGCCCCAGCUGGCCAGGCCAGCCUCACAGUACCAUUCUUCCCCAAGCCACACAAAGGCCUGGGAGAGGAGGAGUCUGGAGGCUGGGCAGGAACUGAACAGUUGACUCAGCAACCUCAGCCUUCUACCCUCUGGCCAGCAAAGGGCACGUACUGAGCAGAAACGGGUAGAACCCCUCUCCAGUGGCUUAACAGGAAGGAAGAGAGAAUGUACUUGCCUUAAAACUUGCACUGGCGUGUGCUGUGUCCAAAGUUGUCAAAAAGAAGAUCGAGAUGCAAAACCAAGGCUAAAAAGAUGCUGCUGCCGAUUACAGCACCCACAUGGUGACUCACAAUUGGCUGUAACUCCAGGGACCCCGACACCUCACGUGUGGUGCACACAUAUUCAGACAGGCUCAUACAUACAUACACAGAAAUAA